GUAUAUUUUGCGCAUAGACAUGUUUAAAUAACGCUACCUGCUUGGCAAAAGCUUGCAUUUAAGUUACCCAGCGCCUCAAAGUUUAAUUGUUACGAGCUAAUGGUUGCGAAUGUUGCAAUGAAUACCUCCCUUGAUGACCAUGGAAGAAAGGUCAUCAUUGAAUUUUGCCAUCUUCUCGAGAAAUCGAAACAGUUAUUUAACGGUUUAAGAGAACUUCCCCAAUACGGGCACAAACAAUGGCACUCACAUUUUGGCCGAACAUUCGACGUGUAUACCAAACUUUGGAAGUUUCAACAGCAACACCGCGCUAUUCUUGACAGCAAAUAUGGUCUCAAACGGUGGCAAAUUGGAGAGAUUGCUUCCAAAAUUGGUCAACUUUAUUAUCACUUCUACCUUAGAACUAGUGAGACCGCCUAUCUCAAUGAAGCGUUUUCAUUUUACUACGCCAUAAGAGGACGGUGCUACUAUACAAAAGCGUGCAAGGAAGAUAAAUGUGAAUUAAUGGUCAAAAAAUUAAGAUAUUAUGCAAGGUUUAUUGUAGUAUGUUUGCUUCUCAAGAAAAUUAAAUUAGUACGAGAAUUAAUUAAGGAGUUAGAUAGACAAAUAAUUGAAUAUGGGAACACGUAUGACCCAGAUGACCAAAUGGAGUGGACGGUUGUCGUAGACGAGGUAAAAGCUUUUAUUCAAGCGGAACCGGUCAUAUCGGUUAUACAUCCCGAUAACCAUCCCGUGAUCCUUUCCCACAGGCUCAGCAGUCUGACUACCCCACCCGUAGAAAGAUCACCUCAAAUGACUCUGUCUCUUCAAGAAGUUUUGAUAAUAGGAAGUAGUUCACUGCAAGCCAAGUUUUCUGAACUCACCAUAGACAUGUUCCGAAUGCUUCAAACGCUCGAGAGAGAACCGUCGGGACAGCCGCAACACAUGUACGACGACUCACCAAGGCAACGAUUCAUUUCCAAUCCUACGCUGCCUACAAGUAAAGGAUACAAUUUGGAGAAUGGCCCACGACGUGACAGCCCUCACAAAUUUCUACUAUUCAAACCAUCGCCAAGCCAAGUGUUAGUGUACCUGGCAAGUGGCUGCAACGAUCUUCCCCCUAGUGGCGCUCUGCUGUUGUACAUCUCUGCAGAUGGGCAGAUAGUCCCAGCCUCAAAACACCCUGAAGAAAUGGGUUACGAGGUCGGUGGGCUUAUCACGACCUCUCGAAGUGACAUUCACAGGGACUGUGUGAAGGAACCAAAAAGCUCGGCCGCCGGCGUCCCGGCCCCCAAAUACAAGGAGCAGCAAUGCUUGCACCCCGGGGACCUGUACCCCUUCACGCGGAGGCCGUUGUUCAUCAUCAUCGACUCGGACAACUCCUGCGUGUUCCAACACAUACCGCGUCACUUUGGACAGCCUCUUGUUAUCUUAAUGUCGCCUUUAGACGUCCCACAGCCGUUUCAAGAAAACAAACAGCAGGGCAACCUUUUCACAAUUUUCCUAACUACCCCGUUGACUGCCUUCGCGUACAUCUGCGACAUACACACCAUGUCGUUAAACCACUGGGAUCGGGCCCAGGGCUUCGUUGAUACAUUCAUGGCUGAAGCAUCACAGAUUGUGACCAGAAGUCGCAUCGACAUAAUGUACAUAAUGUUCAUGGGCGAUGAUUAUCUGAGGCUACUGCUGCUCCGCUUCGUGUUCUGCGAAGUGACGCUGCGCCUGCACCGGGCUUUCCGCUCCCGAACGCAGCUCACGCGCGCCUCGCCGCCUCUCCCCGAGGAAAUACUCGACCAUCCCACGCUGGUGCACAUUGUGCUAGACCUGGCUAUGAAUUUACAGGCCCGCGGCCAUUUCCAUGAUCCCGGGAGCGCCGGGCCGUCGCAGGGCAAGGAUUGAUCCAGGGUAUCUGCCGUUACAUUCGCCAAGCAGUGAACAUUUCCUACACUCUUCCCUUCAUACAAAUUAGACCCUAAUACCUAACUAUCCAUUUACAUAUUAUACCUAUGUAUCGCACUUUACUUAUGCCAAGGCUUUUUGCAAGUCAUGACGCGUUAAAUUUAUUCAAAUAUCUAUGAAAACAAUUAAGGUUCCUUAUGUAUCUUUAUAAAGAUUACCACUUUCUAGCAAUUAAGAGAAAAUACCUCAAACUAUUAAACACUUCUAAGAAAGUUAUUCAAAGAUAUAUAUCGAUAUAGAUUUAUAUCUGUAUAUAAAUAGGUAAGCUUUAAUACUGUUACAGAUUGCAUUGCGUUUUUUUGCCGAAUGUUGCAAAAUGAGUAAAUUAUAACAAAAAACAAUAGUUAAUAGUUUUAAUAUAGUGAAUAAAUAUAUAGAAAGGUAAAUUUUCGAAAAUGUCAAUAUCGAGCGAUUGUAAUGUUGACUUUUGAAACCUUUUCCUGCUGUGAGGUAAGAAUUUGCUCAACGGAAUUGAUUUGUUAUGUAUAUAAAUAUAUUAUAAUUUAAGCUUAAGUAUAUAGAACUAGUAUUGUCAGAUCAAAACUAUAAAAUAUAUAACAUCAGCAUUACAAUAAGCAAAAUAUUAUUAAAGUAGGUAAUUGA